GCUGGUGAAAGAACAUCGUAGUACUACAACCACCAUGUACCCACAGUGGUCAUACAGUCCAGCAGGUCAGGGUUUGAUUCUUUCCAUCUCCAUUUGCCUUAUGUGCGACUCCAAGCAAGUCACUUAACCAGACAAUGGUUCCAGGUCAUCCCUCAAAAAGGACACUUGUGUCCAGUGAAGUUACCCAGAGUUACAUACUCGCUGACAGGCUGAAGAAGAGGUAUAUGCAUAACAAAGUCAGCAGUAUUCAAGGAACGGCUCCAUCCUGCAUACAAAUGGCAGCACUCUACCAUGUCGUUUCCCAGAAGGCAUGGAAAUGUCCUGUGACAAACAAAACCACACAUGAAACCAACUAACAGUAUAUUCAUUGAAUAUCAUGGCAUCAGCUUUGGAUCAUUCAUCUGUCCACAAAAAAUAAGGAGUUCCUUCCUCACCAUGGAGACUUUGCUAUUACUUCAUCUGUACAGAUCCUAAUUCUAUACAAUGUCACCUUGCAACAGCAGCUCCAUUGAAGAUUGUCUCUCUCAUUUGUCAAAUAUGACAGCCUUGUCAACAGAUGCUAGCCUCACAGUGUUACCUGUCCCACUAAGAAUAUUAUUGGCAGUAAUAAUGAUGUUCAUGAUUGCGAUUGGUUUCCUUGGGAAUGCAGUUGUCUGCCUUAUUGUCUACCAAAAGCCAGCUAUGCGUUCAGCCAUCAAUCUCUUGCUAGCAACUCUUGCAUUUUCUGACAUAAUGCUGUCCAUCUUCUGCAUGCCCUUUACUGCAGUAACAGUCAUUACAGUCAACUGGUAUUUUGGAUCCUACUUCUGCCAGAUAUCUGCUAUGUUAUAUUGGUUUUUUGUGCUGGAAGGUGUCUCCAUACUUCUGAUUAUUAGUGUGGAUCGCUUCUUGAUUAUAGUGCAACGCCAAGACAAACUUAAUCCCCAUCGUGCCAAAGUAAUGAUUGCUGUGUCAUGGGUUCUUUCCUUUUGCAUCUCUUGCCCUUCUGUGGUUGGUUGGACCACCAUGAAGGUGCCGGCUCAGGCACCCCAGUGUGUUUUGGGUUACACAGAAUCUCCAGCUGAGAGGGCCUAUGCUAUUUUGUUAUCUGUAACUGUAUUUUUUAUUCCAUUUAGCAUCAUGCUCUAUUCUUAUCUUUGCAUUCUGAACACAGUAAGAAGAAAUGCUGUGAGAAUUCAUAACCAUGCAGAAAGCCUUUGCUUGAGCCAGGUGAGUAAACUAGGCCUUAUGGGUCUUCAGAGGCCUCACCAAAUAAAUGUGGACAUGAGCUUCAAGACAAGAGCCUUCACUACUAUCUUGAUCCUUUUCAUUGGGUUCUCUAUUUGCUGGCUGCCACAUACAGUCUUCAGUUUGUUGUCUGUCUUCAGCAGACAGUUCUACUACAGCCCUUCUUUCUACAUAGUUAGUACCUGCGUACUGUGGCUCAGUUACCUCAAAUCUGUUUUUAACCCAAUGAUAUACUGCUGGAGGAUCAAAAAGUUUCGAGAAGCUUGCAUGGAGUUUAUGCCCAAGACAUUCCAAAUCCUCCCAAAAGUGCCUAGUCGGACAAGAAGGAGGGUUCGUCCAAGUACAGUUUAUGUAUGUGGUGAGCAUCAGUCUUCAUCAGUCUGAUGAAGACAUUGGCGAAGACAGCCAGGCUACAAAGUAACCUGUAAAACUGAUGUUAUCAUUAUUGCCAUUUCUUUAUAAACUUUUAUUAUGAGGAGUCAGUAUGCUAUAAUAUUUUAGGUUAUUAGUCUUUUAAAUAAAGAAUACAAAACAGUGCAAUAAUAAAACUUCAGACGUCUGUCAAAUAUAUCCAUACAGAUACAACAGUGAUUACUCUUGUAUACCACUGCUGAAGACUAUAGCUUGCAGUAAGCAUUUCUUUGAGAUAUUUAUUUAUUAUCUGAAAGUUCAAAGCACAACAAAUAUACACAUUAGAAAGAUCUAAUAAAUGUCGAAAUACAUAAAUCUACAAAUGUCAUUUUGAAAGGAAAUGUAUAAAAUAAAGUUUUGACUUCCUUUUUACAGUAAUAUUAGUAUAUGCAGAGAAUGUUUUUGACAGAGCAUCACAGAUUAUCAUCUAUGUAGAAAUAUUUUUUUCUUUAACGGCUACAUCAUAUCUCCCAACAAAAUAUAUAUUAAGAAUUUUCAUGGCUUGUGCAAAUGCAGGUCAUUGCCUUUUGGUAAUUUUACUAUAUUAAGCAGUUUUAUAUUUUACUAUGUUAAAAGCUUAAUACAGAUUUCUAGUAUUAUGCUUGAAAAUUUGUUAGCGAUACUCUGCACAGUGCAAUAAUUGUGAUACUCGGGCACAGUACAAUAUCAGUAUCAUUUUAUAAAGUUUGAAUGCAAAGUGCCUGCAUACUUAAUUGUGCUAAAGAAGUAGUUUUGACUUUUUUGGUAACUGUUUACAUUUGCAUGCACUGCCAGUACAAGUUAUACUUUUGUUCUGAUGGUCUGAGCCAAAUGUGUAUAAGGUUUUAGCGCCAAAAUGUGUCUUGUAUUUUUAUUAGCAUCAGCUAAUGCAAGUAAACUAUACAAUAACUCAAGUUAGAACUGACAAAUAUCGUUAGUGUGCCAAUACCAAGUUAUUUAUAAAACCUGAACUAUUUUGGGCACUGAAAUAAAUAUUUUAAUUCAGAAUGAUAUUUAGGAAGUAUAUUAAGAAAACAUGAGCAGAUACAGAUUUCUGUCGUAAAUUUUCCUAAUUUUUAUAGCUGUACCUUCUCAUUACAACAGAAAAUUAACAGCAGCAGCAAAUAAUCACCAUUCAAACAGAAAAUACUAUGAUGUGGUUUCUGGCAUGAAGUCUUAAAUCAGUAUCUGGUUAUACUGUAAUGCUUUUCACUCAUAGCUUCUGUUCUAUCAGAUCCUUGCCACUGUCCUGUUCACACUGUCCUCAUCCAAUGCACUCUUUACACAGUGCAUUUAUUGUGUUUCUCUUCCCUACAAUUCCCCAAGGACUUUUAAAAGAACUCCUGGUGCACCUUUAUGCUAAGGUUUAGCAUGUGAAGAUGGUAUGUGCUGCAGACAAUACUAGUUUGGAAGCGGAUGAAAGACGUAUUCACAAGUUACCAGAAACAUAAAUAUUUAUUCACCUUAAUAUUUGAAAGCAAAACUCGUGUUUUUUGUUUGUGUGUGUGUGUGUAUGUAUAUAUAUAUAUAUAUAUAUAUAUACAUUUUUUUAAGUAUUUACACAUCAGUAGCAGAUAAACACAAACGGUUCAAAGUUAUUGUGGAGAAAUUCAAUAAAUAUCAGAUCUGAAAUACAGAUUAUGUAAAGAAAAGUGUUGACCUUUUUUCUACCUGAAUAGAGUUGCUCAUGCCCUAACUGAUGCAAGCUACUGCUGAUUGUUAAUAUGGAUAAUCUAGCAGAUAAAAGCAACAGAGAUACAAAUCUCAUGAAGACUUUUUUCAAGAAAGAAGUCUAGGUAGCAAAAAAAUAUCUGGCUGUAAUCCAAUGUGCCUUGUUUGCCUUUUAGACUUGACUAACCUUCAAAUGACCGAUUCACUAACUGUAAUAGUAAAAUCUGCAGUACCCUUUCACUGCAUUAUAUGAUAAAUUCCUAGCAGAUUGUAUUUGUUUGUUUGUUGAUUGUAUGGCAAAGGUGUAA